AUGGUCGACGAAGAGGUCCAAGCGUUGGUAAUUGACAAUGGUUCCGGUAUGUGUAAGGCUGGAUUUGCCGGUGAUGACUCACCGAGAGCCGUAUUUCCAUCCAUCGUCGGACGACCAAAGCACAAAGGUGUGAUGGUCGGUAUGGGUCAGAAAGACUGUUACUUUGGGGAUGAAGCUCAGUCGAAACGAGGUAUACUCGCUCUGAAAUAUCCCAUUGAACAUGGAAUCGUAACCAACUGGGAUGAUAUGGAGAAGAUAUGGCAUCAUACUUUCUACAAUCAGCUGCGUGUGCCCCCCGAGGAACAUCCAAUUCUCCUAACUGAAGCACCGCUCAAUCUAAAAGCAAACCGUGAGAUGACACAGAUUGUGUUUGAAACUUUCAAUGCACCAGCGAUGUACGUAGCCAUCCAGGCAGUCUUGUCCUUGUAUGGGUCUGGUCGAACAACUGGAAUUGUUCUAGAUUCCGGAGACGGCGUUUCCCAUACAGUCCCCAUUUAUGAAGGCUAUGCCCUGCCCCACGCUAUUAUUCGGCUUGAUUUGGCUGGACGUGAUCUCACUGACUACCUUAUGAAAAUACUUACGGAACGUGGUUACAGUUUUACAACAACGGCUGAACGAGAAAUCGUUCGUGAUAUCAAGGAGAAGUUGACUUAUGUGGCAUUAAACUUUGAUCAAGAAAUGAGCACUGCAGCAUCGAGUACAGUGCUGGAGAGAACCUACGAACUUCCCGACGGACAACUCGAUCAUGAAGUGUGA